CCAUUCUUGCAAUAUUUACCUCGCUUAGUGCUUCGGGUUCGAGAUCCAUGGUGGUAGUAUUUGGUCCGAUAUUCCGUAACAAGAAAGCGUUUUUAGCGUUCAAAUUCUUCAACUGCUUCUUUCUUUGUGCUUAAAAAGUUCUCCCUCCUUUUCCUCCCUCCUUUCUGACUGUUUCCUAAUUCCAAGAGUUUGGAUUGGAUCUCUUUCUCUCUCUCUCUCGUUCUUGAGAGGCCUCACUUCUCCACUCAGUGAUUGAAUUCUCAAUAAUAUGGAGAAGGCAGACCCUGCACAGAAGCUCUACACGAGGUUGCGGCUCUGGGAGUUUCCGGACGAAUAUGUUAUUGAGCCCACUGAUGGUUCUUCUGGCUCCUCCUUGUCCAUCAGUCGUGUGGAUGGAUCUAUAAAGCUCAUUGAUGACAUACCACAGUGCACUUCACUUCGUGUUCCUAAAAUACAGACCAUUUUUGGUGUAGUCGGGCUGUUAAAGCUUCUCGCAGGGUCGUAUUUAUUGGUUAUAACUGAACGUGAAUGUGUUGGAUCUUACCUGGGGCAUCCAAUCUUCAAGGUCUCAUCAAUGAAGGUUUUUCCUUGUGACCAUUCUCUCAAAAACUCUCCAGCUGAGCAGAAGAAGAUGGAAACUGAGUUUUCUGGACUUCUUAGUGUUGCAGAAAAGACUCCUGGUUUGUAUUUCUCUUACGAUGUCAACAUCACGCUCAGCGCACAAAGAUUACAUGAUUUAGGUGAUGAAUCAAAGCUACUCCCUUUAUGGAGACAAGCAGAUCCUCGAUUUCUUUGGAACAAUUAUAUGUUGGAAGUGCUUAUAGAUCACAAGCUUGAUCCUUACUUGCUUCCUCUGGUUCAAGGGAGUUUCAAUCACUUUCAAGCUGCUACUGGAAAGGACAUCAUUGAUGUUACACUGAUUGCUCGGAGAUGCACCAGGAGAACUGGUACAAGAAUGUGGAGAAGAGGAGCUGAUUCUGAUGGUUUUGUGGCAAACUUUGUGGAAAGUGAACAGAUUGUACAGUUGAAUGGCCAUACAGCAUCUUUUGUUCAGGUCCGAGGUUCAAUUCCAUUAAUGUGGGACCAGAUUGUUGAUUUGACAUAUAAGCCUAAGUUUGAGAUUGUGAGGCUUGAGGAAGCUCCUCGAGUAGCUGAGCGCCACAUUUUGGAUCUGAGAAAGAAAUAUGGAAACGUUCUAGCAGUAGAUCUUGUUAAUAAGCAUGGAGGUGAGGGUCGCUUAUGUGAAAAGUUUGCCAAUGCAAUGCAGCAUGUUGUUAGUGAUGAUGUGAGAUACCUGCACUUCGAUUUUCACCAAAUAUGCGGGCAUGUUCACUUCGAGCGCCUCUCUAUCCUAUAUGAUCAAAUUGAAAAUUUCCUCAUAAAGAAUCGGUACUUUUUGUUAAAUGAAAAAGGUGAGAAAGUUGAGGUGCAACUUGGAGUUGUGAGGACCAAUUGCAUUGAUUGCUUAGACCGCACAAAUGUUACCCAGAGCAUGCUUGGUCGAAAAAUGUUGGAAUUUCAACUUAGAAGACUUGGUAUUUUUGAUGCUGAAGAAACUAUCAGCACACAUCCAAACUUUGAUGAAAGUUUCAAAAUUUUGUGGGCUAACCAUGGUGAUGACAUAAGCAUCCAGUAUUCUGGUACUCCAGCUCUAAAAGGAGAUUUUGUCAGAUACGGUCAGCGGACAAUCCAAGGAAUCCUGAAAGAUGGCUGGAAUGCUCUUAUGCGCUAUUACUUGAACAACUUUUGUGACGGUACAAAACAGGAUGCAAUUGAUCUGCUACAAGGACAUUUCAUUGUUUCUGUCUCUCGAGAUAUGACUCCCACAUCUCAAAAGGGAGGAAUUGAGGCUAUAGCGUCCUUCCCAUUAGCGUUAUCUGUGAUAAUGACUGGAUUCUUUUUUGCAUUCAUGUCACUAAGGCGAGUUCGAAGUGAUUUCUGGCAAUUGUUAUUCUCAAUUUUGUGGGCGGGUGGAAGUUUGGCAAUAGCAGCUUUUGUGAAGGCAAAUGGUCGAGUUUUCUGUAACCGACCUCGUCUGCACCAACCUCGACGUUGAUUCUGGAUCGAGGGAGGACACCGAGCAUAUUUGAUGUUUAUCAGUGAAUUUACAGCAUAAGAUCUUCUUCAUCUGUAUGCUCCGACCAAUUCUUUGCAUUUAUAUGGUUUCGCACAUUGCGUUUUUUGUUACACGAGUCUUUCUGUUGCGCAAACUGACGCACCAUUGGCGCCUUCAACUGCCAAAUUUCAUUUGCCAUUUUUGGUUAGACAAAUUGCUCUGUAAAUCGAGUACUUUUUGUCCAGUUACAUCAAUUGGGUAAACUAAAUCAAUUUUCAAUUUGUUGAAUCUUUGAAAGG